CAGAUAUGGUCUCCAAGUGGCUCUACAUCUUGGCUCUACUGCUUUUGGGUCUUGCAACCUCGGCGGCCACUUUAUUUCGCUCCGAGUCGCCACAACGGCAGUUGAGCUGGUGGCACAAACAGUACUACCAGUCGCUAUGGCAACAGAGGCUGCGGUUCACAACUACUCCCCGGCCAGGAGCCACUCCCGAUUCGGAUGAUACCAGAUUGGUGUAUCCCUGCUACUGCUAUAAGCCAAAUCCCGAGGGCUUGGCUACCGCCACUCCGGUGGAGCAGCGGAUGGUCGAGACCAAGGAGAUAUUCUUCUUGAACAAAUAGCACAACUCGCAGUGCGGUAAUGAACUGCACAGUUGAAAUAAACCAGUAAAUCUGUCUAAGUCCAUGACUUUAAAUCAUUGCUCUGAAAAUGCCCGAUGUCUUUCAAGACAACAAGCAGGCAAAGAGACCACCCUUCUGCAGUCAGUCAAAAGCCACGUAAUCCUGGCCACUCCCUACCGACACUAACUCGGCCACUAAGUGAAAAUAGUUUGUUGGCCAAAAUGUGCUUUGCUUUUGCUCUGCUUUUGCUUUUGCUGUGCUUUUGCUUUCGCAAUCUGCUGGCUGCUUUGCUGUUGUCUGCUGUCGGCCAUUGAUUAUUGCGAAUUAUGCAUGAAGUAGAGUGGAAGUGCGGCCCAACUGCCACGCCCCUUUUGCCCACGGCCACGCCCACUUCCAGUGCGGUGUUUUGUCAUAAGUAUGAAAGGGUUUUCAUAGUUAACAGCUGUCAUUAGUGCUAUGGCUGACAGCCAUUAGCAUUUACUUUCACAACUUUAAUUCUAGAAAGCGUUUUACUGGAUCACUUCGUGGCUAUUGGGUGCACCAAUAGUUUUAACUAUGGAAAAAUUGUUUUAUUUAUCAGUUUUAGAUUUGUUGAUCGUUCCGAAUUCUGCCAAACCAGAUAACUAUAACUUUUCUUAACCCGAAAUCAAUCAAUUGCAAAAGUUGCCAUUGAGCAAGGAAAAUAACGAAACUAUUUCAAAGAAAUGAAAGAUGGGGCAAAAUUAUUUAAGCCAAAAACCAAGCCCAGAUACUUGAAAGCGUAGAAAGUUUUUCAGUCCGCUGUGCUUCGACCAAAGAACUCUGUUUUGGGUCGGUGCGUGAGCGGAAUGUGCAGCCAGCCAGUCGAAGUACUAAAACUUCAACUCGGUUGGUGGCACAUUGCACGUGCCACACUGGAACUCAGCCCAAAAGCCCGAAAUGGGCGCCCAAGAGCAGCCAUUCAGCAAUUCAAUUACUCGGUCCGCUCUAGACAAAAGCCAAAAACUGGCACUCGCUCAGUUUUCCCGACUUUUCCGGCUUUCCAUUCGCCUGUCGCUGCCAGCGACUGCUCGCUGGGAAAACUGCAUUGCUCGGCUGGCACUUAGCGCACCAUUGCACUUUUCUUUCAAAUUUCCCAUGCUGCGAAUUAUUUAUAAAAUACUCAUCUGGCGGCAUCCGUCAUGUGCAUGUAUUUGCAGCACUUGUGCAUUGUGCCCAUUGCACUGCCAGCAGAAAAGGAAUCGUUAAUCCUCGUGUGAGGGAUGUGUGACUGAAUGUGUGGGCAAAGAUAGUUUGAAAAACAAUAUAUCUGUAUAGUAACCCAACAUAACUUUCUUCUAUACAUAGUAUACAUGGUUUUGAUUUAGAAGUGGUGAGAUGUCAAAUGCAACAUUUAUAGAUACCCCGUGAUUAUACCUAUAGUU